AUGCCACUGCAGCUGCUUCUGCUGCCUCUGCUAUGGGGAGUGCCCACGGCUCAGGAUCAGAGCUACCAGCUGGAACUACCGGAGUCUGUGACAGUGCAGGAGGGCCUGUGUGUCCUCGUGCCCUGCAAAUUUUCCUAUCCCAGGACCACCUUCGGAAUCCUCCAUGUGUUUUGGUUCAGGAAAGGGGAGGAUGGAAACCAUGAUCUUCUAGUGGCCACAAACAAACCAAAACAGAAGCUGCAGGAGAACACCCAGGGCCGGUUCUUCCUCCUCGGAGACCCCCAGGCCCACGACUGCUCCCUGAGCAUCAGAGACGUCAACAUGGGGGACAGUGGGACGUACUUCUUUCGAAUGGAGAAAUACUUCAGGAAACACUCGUAUCUAGAUAAGAUGCUCUCUCUGCAUGUGACAGCCCUGACCCACAGGCCCGACAUCCUUAGUUCAGGGCUCCUGGAGUCUGGCCGCCCCGGGAACCUGACCUGCUCUGUGCCUUGGGCCUGUGAGCAGGGCGCGCCCCCCAUUUUCUCCUGGACGUCAGCUGCCCUCACCUCCCUGGGCCCCAGAUCCCACCUCUCCUCAGUGCUCACCCUCACCCCACGGCCCCAGGACCAUGGAACCAACCUCACCUGUCAGGUGAAUUUCCCUGCAGCUGGUGUGACCGUGGAAAGGACCAUCCAGCUCAACGUCUCCUAUUUCUCCACCACCCUCUCAGCUCCACAAGGAGAACAGGGCAGCAUUCACACGACAGAGCCUGCCUCUCCAUAUCCCUUACCACCAGUCUCCUGA